CUGUACUUUUUGCAGCUGUGUGAACUGUGGAUUAGCACUCAAGAACUGUAUAGUCCUUUAUUUUUGUUGAUUUUUGCAUAAAAAGUGAACUAUAUAACGACACUUGAAGAAAUGGCUGCUGCAAAGAUUAACGUUGGGACCCGUGAUAGUACGUUGGCAUUAAUUCAAACGAAUUUUAUUGUCUCAAAACUAAAAGAGAAAAAUCCUGAACUGRCAAUGGAGCUUGUUUCCAUGAAAACCAUUGGCGACCAAGUACUGGACAAAGCUUUACCAAAGAUAGGAGAAUCAAAUCUGUUUACUAAAGAGUUAGAACAUGCAUUGGCUCAAAGAAAGGUUCAUUUCAUUGUUCACUCAUUAAAAGACCUUCCAUCAACACUCCCACCAAACAUGGCCAUUGGUGCAAUCUACAGGAGAGAAUCUCCACGUGAUGCCGUCCUUCUUCAUCCAAAACACAAAGGAUUGACCAUUGGAGAAUUGCCAGCAGGAAGUGUUAUUGGCACAAGCUCACUUCGCCGUAUUGCUCAGCUACUAAGAAAGUACCCUCAUCUAAAAUUCCAAGAUAUUAGGGGAAAUUUAAACACCAGACUAAAAAAGCUUGAAGAAAGUGGUAUAUAUGAUGCUAUAAUACUUGCAAAAGCUGGUCUAGAUAGGAUGAACUGGCAGGAUAAAACUGACCAGGUUCUUUUAGAAGAUGACUGCCUUUAUGCUGUUGGCCAGGGUGCYUUAGCAGUAGAGGUUAAUAUUGAUGACAAAAUGACWACUGACUUGAUUGCUCAACUCACUGACUUUGAGACUAUGUUGUGUUGUGCUGCAGAAAGAGCAUUUCUUAAGACUUUGCAAGGAGGAUGUAGUGUCCCUGUUGGUGUACAUACAGAGUUUAGAGACAAUAAGUURUCAAUGACUGGAGCAGUGCUUAGCCUUGAUGGACAGGAGUGUAUAAAGAACACAAUAGUUCAAGAUAUUCCAAAAAUCAAUGAAGACCUGAAAGGCAAAGACUCUAUACUGGGAAUGUCAUCAAUUCUCAUUCCAGCAAACUUGCAUGAUGCAGUUMRACAGGGAGAAUUUGCAGGAGAGAAGCUAGGUCUAGAAUUGAUUAGCAAAGGUGCUGACAAAAUUCUAGAAAAAGCUAGGCUAGAUAAUGAAUCUGGUAAAUAAGGUCAGAAGCAAUCAUUUAUAUUUUUAUACAAUUAUUGUAUUUUCAUAAUUUUAAUUACUACACUCUCAGACUAUUGCAGCACUAAAAUUGGCAGUCAAGAAUAACUGAUAUCACAAAAAUGUAMAAUUUCCAUUCUGUACUCAAAACUAUGCCAAUAAAACUGGCAGUAAAGAAAUGAUGUUACAAUUAUAUAUAAUAAUGUUAGAAAUKACUUUAGCUAGCUAAUAAUUGAAACCUAUUAGUUUUGUAAUGAUAAUUAUGUUUUAACAUUAUUUAUUACAACAUUAGUGAAGGUAUAUAAUAUAGAAAUUAUAAUAAAGAAUUCUUCAUGAA